CUGAGAUGUACAAAAUUUUGCUAUUUAUUACUUUAAAUCUAUUUGCUACUUUUAAUUGUGAUAGGGAAUGCGGAUUGGAGAAUAUUAUUUGUAAAAAUAAUAGUAAAUACAGAAGUAUUGAUGGAUCUUGUAAUAACCUACAAAACCCCAAUUGGGGAACGAAAUAUUCACUUUAUGAUAGAAUACUUAAUCCCAAAUAUGGAGAUGGAGUGCAUUCAUUUCCCAAAGCUAUUAGUGGUAAAAAUUUGCCCAAUUCACGAAAAAUAUCAACAACAAUUUAUAAACAAGGUAUGACAGAAACUAUUUCAAAGAUCAGUCUAAGCACUAUGCAAUAUGGUCAAAUAGUGACCCAUGAUAUGAGUUUUACAUAUCUACCUCCAAAUUCUAUACCGUGUUGUACAACAAACUUAAAAAUGUUGGAUAAAAAAGAAGUGCCAAAAGUGUGUGCAUCAAUUGAAAUACCUAAUGAUGAUCCUGUUUAUAGUUACAUAAAUGCUACGUGUAUGAGGAUGGUACGCACUAUUACCAACAAUGAGAGAGCAUGUAGCCAAUCCCUAAAAUAUGACGAACAGCUAAGUGAAGUUAACAGCUACUUAGAUUUAUCAAUUAUAUAUGGACAGACUUACAAAGAUCACAAAACUCUCAGAACUUUUAUAAAUGGAACUCUUCUAGUGGAUAUAAGGAACAACCGCGAAUGGCUUCCUAGUUCAGUAAAGUCGCUGUGUACUGGAAAUUUCAAUACUGCUGAAAGGUGCUAUCGUUCAGGCGAUCCAAGAACCAAUCAAAAUCCCCAACUAACAGUAAUAAUGACCCUAUGGGUCAGAAAUCAUAAUAAUAUUGCAAAAAAUCUGCAGAAAAUGAACCCACACUGGGACGAUGGAAGAACAUUUGAAGAGGCUAGACGUAUAAAUAUUGCCGAGCAUCAAUUUAUAUCUUAUUAUGAACUGUUACCUUUAUAUCUUGGUAGAGAAGAACUCGUAAAGAAGAAGAUAUUGUACAAUACUGAUGAAUUUGUAAAUGACUAUGAUCAAAAUAUGAGGCCGCAUAUAUAUAAUGAACAUGCUCAUAGUGCGUUUAGACAAUUUCAUUCUCUUAUUACAGGAAAGUUAAGUGUUUAUAAUCCAGAUGGUUUUUCAUAUGAUAGUAUAUUACUUAGAGAUAACUAUAACCGUCCCGAGUCUUUAGAACAGUAUAAACUUUUUGAUGGAUUAAUAAGAGGAUUAUCAAUGCAACCUCAGAUGGAAUCUGAUAUAUACUAUGAUCCAGAUGUUACCCAGUGUGCAUUUUUACAUGCCUUUAAGUUUAAUGUUGACAUAAAAGCUAUUGAUAUUCAAAGAGCUAGAGACCAUGGUUUAGCGUCUUAUAAUGACAUGAGAUCUUACUGUGGUAUAAAAAGAGCAAAAAACUUCACAGACUUCUUGGAUGUAAUGGAUAGAGAUAAAUUAGACUUUCUAUUGUCGCUGUACGAAAAACCUGAUGAUGUAGAUUUAAUAGUUGGUGGAUCAUUGGAAAACAAUAUCAAAGACACUCUGGCAGGUCCAACCUUUUUAUGUAUUCUCUACAAGCAGUUUUAUAAGACAAGAAGAAGCGACAGAUUUUGGUUUGAAAAUGAGGCUAGUGGUUUAACACUGAAACAAUUGAAGGAAAUUCGAAAAUUUUCGAUAUCCAAAUUAUUUUGUGAUAAUGGAAAUAAUAUCACGCUUAUGCAAAAACAUGGAUUUUUGCCAGUUUCAGAAAGAAAUCCCCGUUACCGAUGCAAAUCAAUUAAUGGACCAAAUUUACAUUGGUGGAAAGAAUAAAGUCAUGGAAUUUGUUUCAUCAUAGAGAAAAGCUGUGUGAUGAAUUCAAAAACUACAAGAUAAAUAAAUAAAAAUACUUGAAUUUAUUUAAACAUUUAAUUACUUUAAUUCAGUGUAGUAUACAGUCCAUUUCUCUGAAGGGAG